AUAUAAACAACAAAAAGAAAAGCGGCCUGCUUCUAGCCACUUCUGCUGCUCCUCUCCACCGUCCCUGCAACUCCUUUACCAGAACCCCUCCUUACACCUAUCAUUCUCUUUCCAGAAUGCGCUCAUCCCACAGCCCUAGACCUUACAACCCCCACUCCUUCUCCUCCUUGCGAGCCAGCCCCUCCCUCAUCCUCCUCGCCCUCCUCCUCUUCCUCCUCUUCUAUUCCCUUCGCCGUCCCACUCCUCCUUCCCGGAAUGCUCUUGCCCAUUCGCCAACUGCCCCCGCCGCCCUCUUUCUCUCCCUCUCCCCCUCCGCCAACUCCACCAUCGCCUCCCACCUCCGCAACCUCACCCUCCGCCCCCACCUCGCCGGCACUCCCUCCGCCGCCACCGCCGCCACCUACGUCCUCUCCCGCCUCCGCGGCGCUGGCCUCCGCACCUUCACCCGCGACUACACACCUCUUCUCUCCUACCCCGCCGCCGCCUCCCUCGCCCUCCUCCGCCCUGACGGCGCCCUCCUCAAGCCCCUCUCGCUCGCCGAGCCCGCCGAUCCCACGGCCGCCGCCGUGCCCCCCUACCACGCCUACGCCCCUUCCGGCGCCACCCUCGCCCCCGCUGUCUACGUGAACUACGGCCGGGAGGAGGACUACCUGGCGCUCGACCGGCUGGGCGUCCGCUUGCGGGGGUGCGUGGCGAUCGCGCGGCGUGGAGAGGGGUACCGCGGUGGGGUGGUGGCCCGGGCGGCGGAGAGGGGGGCCGCGGCGAUGCUGAUCUUCAGGGACUCCGGUGGCGGUGUGGAGCGGGGGAUGGUGAGACUGGGCGGGGUGGGGGACCCGCUGACCCCCGGUUGGGCCACCACUGCCUCCGCCGGAGGUGGCAGAGGAGAGAGGCUGGGAGCGGACGACGAGGAGGUCAGGAGGAGGUUCCCCAAGAUUCCGUCGAUGCCGGUGUCCGCCGCUGUGGCGGUGGAGAUCCUCCGGACGCUGGGCGGGCCCAGGGUGCCGCCCAAGUGGAGGAGCGCCCUGUCGCAGGACGAGACCGGGGUCGGCCCGGGCCCCACGCUGGUCAACUUCACGUAUAAGGAAGAUAGAAAGUUGGCAACAAUCCAAAAUGUUUUUGGUAUGAUAAGGGGGAAUGAAGAGCCUGAUCGGUACGUCAUCCUUGGCAACCACAGAGAUGCAUGGACAUUUGGUGCUGUAGACCCCAACAGUGGAACAGCUGCCCUCCUUGAUGUUGCUCGCCGUUAUGGUACUUUGUUGCAAUCAGGUUGGAGGCCUCGAAGGACCAUUAUCCUAUGCAGCUGGGAUGCAGAGGAGUUUGGAAUGAUUGGAUCAACUGAGUGGGUUGAGCAGAACCUUGGAAUUUUGUCUUCGAAAGCUGUUGUCUACUUAAAUGUUGAUUGUGCGGUUCAAGGGCCUGGCUUUUUUGCUGGUGCAACUCCCCAGUUGGACAAGCUAUUAGUUGAAGUCACAAAGGAGAUUAAAGAUCCGGAUUUGGAGGGCAAAACUGUCUAUCACACAUGGGUGGCAAUGAACAGUGGCAUUAUUAUAGAAAGACUUGCUAGAACUGAUUCAGAUUUCUCUGCAUUUUUGCACCAUGCUGGAGUUCCUGUGAUAGACUUGUACUAUGGGAAAGAAUUUUCAGGCUACCAUACUGCUCUUGAUACCUAUGACUGGAUGGAAAAACAUGGAGAUCCGAUGUUUCAUCGUCAUGUAGCUAUUGCUGAAAUUUGGGGACUUUUAGGUCUUCACUUAGCAGAUGAUCCAGUCCUACCCUUUGAUUAUCUCUCUUACGCUGCUCGGUUGCAGGAACAUACAAAUGAAUUAAGUGCCUUUCUGAAUGGCGGGGAAUUUCUACAGCCUGUAAAUGCAUCCAUUCGUGAACUCACUGUUGCAGCCAAUGAAGCUUCAGAGGAAGGAAAGAGGCUGCAAGAGCAAGAAACCAUGGAGCAUUUUGCUGCACUGAAGAGACGGGCUUUUAAUGAUCGCCUUAUGCUUACAGAAAGAAGCUUCCUGGAAGCUGAGGGCCUUAAAAGGAGAGGGUGGUUUAAGCAUCUGUUGUACUCGCCUCCAGAGGACUAUGAAAGCAAUGUUUCUUUCUUUCCCGGUAUAGUUGAUGCCAUCGCUCAAGCCAGGAAGUUUGCUGAAGGAGAAGGGCAACUGGGGAUUCAACAUGAGAUAUGGAGAGUUGCUAGAGCUAUUCAAAGGGCUGCCAGCGUUCUUAGAGGAGAGCUUACUUGAGGAGACAAGAAAUAAAACUGGCGUACUUGUAAUCUGUAUAGAAGUUGCUUUCCUCCCCAAAGUUAAGGAUGGAGAUUGACGUUUUAACCCUAGAAAAAGAUAAUGUAUAUUAUGUUUUCAUAAAGUUUCUCCACUUUGAUAUUGACGUUUUAACCCUAUAAAAAGAUAAUGUAUAUUAUGUUUUCAUAAAGUUUCUGCACUUUGAUGUGUAUCAUGUCUGGGUAGUGCGUGCAAGCAAUUGAUUAAAUUA